AUGAAUUUAAUUUUCCCUUCAGAACCAUUUUGCCUUUUUGACAUGAAAAUGUUUGACACUUUAUUAACUGAGGCUCGUUUACUUGGUUAUAAUGCUUUGUAUAUGUUACAGAUUUAUUGCCUUUGCAGAAUUAGUUUUGUUAAAGGUUGGGGCCAGGAAUAUAGACGACAAACAAUUACCUCAUGUCCAAUGUGGAUUGAAGUCCAAUUCCCUCGCCCUCUCCAAAUUCUAGAUGAAGUGCUAAUGGAAAAUGCUGACGAAAUUGGUGGGGAAGAGGUUCACAGUUUCUCUUAA